AAGCGCCUGAAUUGCUGUUUAUUUGCUGCUCUCGGUCUGAAAUCUUCUUGUCAGUCAGCAGCCUCUGGAGGUCAGCAAACCGAGCAUAGAGCUGCAGAGUGGCCCCAGAUGGACACCUGCAUGCCUGGCUUCCCUGUCAGUACUUUAGGCAAUUUGUGAUCUGUUCAGGGGGAGGGGUGAGCAUUGAAUUAGAUUGUUGAUAACGUCCCUACAAGGACUGCUAUUAAGAGCACGCUUCCCUGCUGCAGAAGACACAGAUAUCCCUGAAUCCACAGCAUGUUAGCCGUACGAGAUUUUCCUUUUCCAGAAUGUGGCACAAGACUAGGGAAAUGAGAGCCAUCAGCACAGCCGUACGUUCUGCAGAAAUGUGCACCACUUCAUCGUUACAAUUUUGCAUCCCAGUGAAGGAUUAAAAGGACCGAUCAUUUUUUUUUUUUCUCUCUCUUCUCUUCCCCCCUUCAUAAUGGCACUCUUGCAUUGUUUGACCAGAGCUUGCUCCCGAGGAAGACAGGCUGCUGAAUUUAGCCACUGAUCACUCACAAGCCCUGGCCUAAGGCUAUGCUGAGAUUUAUAUCCCAUUUGUAUUGUUGCAGCUCAAAGGGAGAAUGUUCAGAGGAUGACAAGUGUAUUCUGAGUAGAUCUUUGGUAGAAGAGGAGGACCCUCAUUUGAAAGUCUCUCUUGGGAACACCGAUAUGGGUGUGUCUGCUCACCUUCAGUCUUCAAAGACGGGCACAACUCGCUUCUUCACCAGCAAUACUCAUAGUUCAGUGGUGUUACAGGGUUUUGAUCAGUUACGAAUAGAAGGGUUGCUCUGUGACGUUACACUUGUGCCAGGCGAUGGCGAUGAAAUCUUUCCAGUUCACCGAGCCAUGAUGGCUUCCUCAAGCGAUUACUUCAAAGCCAUGUUUACAGGUGGAAUGAAGGAACAAGACUUAAUGUGCAUUAAAUUACACGGCGUGAACAAAAUUGGAUUAAAGAAAAUUAUUGAUUUCAUUUACACUGCAAAACUUUCCCUGAAUAUGGAAAAUCUUCAAGAUACACUGGAGGCUGCAAGCUUUUUACAGAUACUGCCUGUGCUGGACUUCUGCAAAGUGUUUCUUAUAUCUGGGGUCACUCUGGACAACUGCGUAGAGAUUGGACGCAUUGCAAACACCUACAAUCUCACUGAAGUUGAUAAAUAUGUCAAUAACUUUAUUUUGAAAAAUUUCCCACCCUUAUUAACUACUGGGGAGUUUGUGAAGCUCCCAUAUGAACGACUUGCCUUUGUGCUCUCUAGUAAUAGCCUUAAGCAUUGUAGCGAGCUUGAACUUUUCAAAGCAGCCUGCCGUUGGCUGCGUUACGAAGAUUCGCGUAUGGAAUAUGCUGCAAAAAUAAUGAAGAACAUCAGAUUUCCCCUCAUGUCGCCACAAGACCUUAUCAAUCACAUACAAACUGUUGACUUCAUGAGAACUGACAAUACUUGUGUUAAUUUACUUUUGGAAGCAAGCAAUUACCAAAUGAUGCCGUACAUGCAACCAGUCAUGCAGUCUGAAAGAACUGCCAUCCGCUCAGAUAACACCCACUUGGUGACGUUGGGGGGAGUUUUAAGGCAGCAGCUGGUGGUUAGCAAAGAGCUGCGGAUGUACGACGAGAAAGGACAUGAGUGGAAAUCUUUAGCUCCCAUGGAUGCUCCCCGUUACCAGCAUGGAAUAGCCGUCAUUGGCAAUUUUCUGUAUGUGGUCGGUGGCCAAAGUAAUUAUGACACAAAAGGAAAAACCGCUGUGGAUACUGUGUUUCGAUUUGACCCACGAUACAACAAGUGGAUGCAAGUGGCUUCUUUGAAUGAAAAACGUACCUUUUUCCACCUAAGUGCCCUGAAAGGUCAUCUGUAUGCAGUCGGCGGUCGCAAUGCAGCUGGUGAACUCGCCACCGUAGAGUGUUACAACCCCAGAACAAAUGAAUGGAACUAUGUUGCGAAAAUGAAUGAGCCCCACUAUGGCCAUGCGGGGACUGUAUUCGGUGGACUCAUGUACAUUUCAGGUGGAAUUACGCAUGACACUUUCCAGAAGGAACUGAUGUCCUUCGACCCAGAUACAGACAAAUGGACUCAGAAAGCUCCUAUGACAACGGUUCGCGGCUUGCACUGCAUGUGCACCGUGGGAGACAGACUUUAUGUCAUUGGUGGCAAUCAUUUCAGAGGAACUAGUGAUUACGAUGAUGUCCUCAGCUGCGAGUACUACUCUCCGUCUUUGGACCAGUGGACUCCAAUUGCGGCAAUGUUACGUGGACAAAGUGACGUUGGAGUUGCAGUUUUUGAGAACAAAAUUUAUGUUGUUGGAGGAUAUUCUUGGAACAAUAGGUGUAUGGUUGAAAUUGUCCAGAAGUAUGACCCCGAAAAAGAUGAAUGGCACAAAGUAUUUGAUCUACCGGAAUCCCUUGGGGGUAUCCGGGCUUGUACUCUAACAGUUUUUCCACCGGAGGACAACAGUUGUUCACCAUCUCGGGAAUCCCCGCUCUCAGCACCUUGAAAACCGAUGUCGUAAUACCUUUGCACUGCAGCAAAAUGGAUAUUUUUUUGUUCCAUUUCCUUGAUCAAGACCUCAGCCAACCGGAAUUGGCAGAUCCUCUUCUGUAAUGAAUUUUGUACUAUUCAUUUUGGCUUAGGUUAUUUAUCAGGAAUUGUUUAUUUAAAGUUGCUAGAUGUUCAGUAGAAUAAAAUUCACUUGACUCAGUUAGGUACGAUGGGGUUCCUUGGUAUGCGAAAUUAAGAGGUUGUUUAAAACACGCCUCUGUUUGCCCCUUUUAUGAAGUCUUUUCAGUUUAAAAUUGGAUAUGUAACAAUAUCGAGUUCAGGUGAAAUAUGACCCUCUACGCAUUUAUUUAAGCACUUUCUCAAGUGUCCUUCAAAAGAGCCAAUAGCAACAAUGAAAGGGAUCUAAUAACAGCAAUCAACUGUUUCUCUGUCCAACAUUUGCAAAUGGAUUAUUUUUUGGCAGCUGGCAUUGCUUUCUGUUUAGAAUUGUCAUGUUAAUAGUUGAGCUCAUUGUAGUUUCUUUUAAUAAUUAUGUACAUGUAAUAGACGAUCCUCUGGCUUGAAGUGAUUGCAGGAC